CAGCUGCAUAAAGACGGAGACGUGCUGCACGGUUAUGCCUCCUAAAAAGCCAGCAGCAGGCUCUGCUGAUCCUGCGCCUUCCUCCAGUGAUGCACCGGACAACAAGAACGUUUCAGUCACUGCGACGCUGCGCAAACUUGCAACUCAUCCAUCCACCGCGAUCAUGGUGAAAGAAGCACUUAAAGAGUUGGACUCGCGCAAAGGGGUUUCGUCCCAUGCAAUACAAAGUUAUAUUAAAGAAAAAUACCAGUCAGUGGACAUGGUAAGGUUGAAGCACUUUGUCCGCAGAGCCCUGAAAAAAGGACUCGAGACUGGCACGUUGGUGCGGCCUGCCAACUCCAAUGUCGCUGCAGGCCUAUCGGGAAGAUUUAGGAUUGCAACGAAAACCAAAGAGGCAAAGCAAAAAGCUGAGAAUGUGGAUCCUAAUGUGACAAAAGCAGCUAAGGAUGGCGCCAAGAAGCCUAAAAAAGCAGGUGCCACGAAGAAGAAGAAAGACUCUGCCAAUGAAGAAGCGACGUCAAACGAUGAGGAGUCCAAGCCUGCCAAAAGGUCCAAGAAGGAAAAAGAGGCUGCUAUUGAGGUACCUGCUGAAACUACAUCCAAGGCUGCUCCCGCAAAGAAGCCAAAAGCUAAAAAAGCUGCAGAGAAGGCGGAUGACGAGGAAGCUUCUGAUUCGACAAAGGCUACUAAAAAGCCCGCCAAGGAACCGAAGGCCCCCAAGGAACCGAAGGCCCCCAAGGAACCGAAGGCCCCCAAGGAACCGAAGGCCGCCAAGGAACCGAAGGCCACCAAGGAGAAAAAGGCAGGGAAGGUGUCUGAGGCUGCUAAGGCAGGCAGCAACGCUCCUGCUGCUAGGGCAACUGGGAAACGAGGAAAGAAGACUGCAGAGUAAAUUAUUAAAUAAUUGAUGCGUUAUACUGAUUGUUUUUGCAAUAAAAUCUUAUUUUUUGA